ACAGGAAUCAUAUGUCUUCAUAAUACUUAAUUUAUUGAAAAAACUAAUUAAAGCAAUAAAUUAAUUUAAAUUGCUAUCUUGAACGGCAGAAGUGACCCUCUAGCUUAAAAUCUAGCCAAACAAUAAGGAUUAAAACCACCUGGUACCGCCUAAAUUACUACUACCUCCUCUAAUAUAUUGAUGGCCUCAUAUAUCCAUCAAUGUAUUAGAGGUAUGAGUAAUGCCCGGCAUGAGGGUAAAUUUAUUUUUACUCUGAAUUUAUAUACCACAGUGAAUAGCCACUUGGUAAUCAUAAUUGCCACUUGUUAAAAGUCAGGUGAACUUAAAAUCAAAUAACCGUGCCUAGAAGAAGUAGCUGUCAAAUUUGAACAUCAUCUCUGUUGCUGUUAAUGUCCCUGUCCUUCCCUUCACAAGGCCAUUCUAAAUUAACCAGUAGCUUAGGCUAGCCUCGCUAGCUAUCCAAAAUUCAACCCAUAAUCAGGUGAGCCUACGACAAUUUCCAAUCGAUGGGUCUCAAAGGUCUCCUCCAAUAGAAAGUAAUUAAUAUUUCUCAACCACAAAAUCUAAAGUGAUGCAAUUUGCUGACACAUGUUGAAAAUAGAAGUUUGACUGACAUACCACAAACUAUAUGGAAACUUUAAUUCCUCCGUGCUUUAAUUUAUUAAUAUUACUGCUCGCUGAUAAGUCUCUCACAUGCACAAAAGAGUUUCUCCUCGCCUUUCCCCGUUCUUUGAAAAUUUAUGCACUACAGUUUUUGUCCUCCUCUUCAUCUUCUUCAUCUUUUUCUUCUCCUUUCUUCUUUUUCAUCUAAUAGAAUCUCUCAAUCUCCGAGACUGUGACCAUCGUUCCAGUACCAUGGGAGCUAUCACAUUUGCUUUCUCUUCAAGGCAACUUCGUUCAACUUUCAUGAAGUUUUCUAACGUUUUCGCUCUAGUAAUAUUCUCAGAAACUUUGUUUCUCCUACAGAUCAACUGGGUUCCCAUCUUUCAUAUCUGUCUCUUAUUAUCUAGUCUUUUGGUACUUUUCUUCAUUCUCAAACCUUACUUCUUAAAGUGCUGUCCUGUCUAUUUGGUAGAUUUCUCAUGUCUUAGACCACCGAGCUACUGUAAAGUCCCAUUCUCUAAGUUUCUUGGAAAUGCCUCCAUGAUUGAAUGUUUUGAUAGUGAAAGCAUAGCUUUCAUGGUCAAAAUCCUUACUUCUUCAGGUCAAAGUGAAGAAACUUAUCUCCCUCCAGCUUUACAUUGCCUUCCCCCAGAAACCCAUUUUCAGGAAUCCAUCAAAGAGGUCCAUAUGGUGCUGUUCCCUGUCAUGGAUGAUCUUUUCGCCAAAACCAAGCUCUUUCCUCGCGAUAUUGAUAUACUUAUCGUAAAUUGCAGUGGCUUUUGUUCUUCUCCUUCUCUCUGCUCCAUUGUCAUAAACAAAUACGCCAUGAGAAGUGACAUCAAGUGCUACAACCUCUCUGGCAUGGGCUGCAGUGCAAGCGCUCUAAGUAUCGAUUUGGCUCAAAAUCUUCUUAAAGUCUACAAAAACUCCAAUGCCGUUGUACUUAGCACAGAAAUUUUAUCGAACGGUUGGUACGCAGGAAAUGAGCGUCCCAAACUCCUCGUUAACUGUCUCUUCCGGAUGGGCAGCGCUGCUAUCUUGCUUACGAACAGAAAAGAAGCGAAGAAAUCUUCAAAGUACGAACUGUUUAAGACACUGAGAACGCAGAGAGCUUUCGACGACAAGGCUUAUCUUUCCGCCAUACGCGAAGAGGACUCGAAUGGAAGACUUGGGGUCACUCUGAAAAGGGAUUUACUACAUGUCGCCGGAGAAACUCUCCGUUCGAACGCCACCGUACUUGGGUGGUCGAUCUUACCGUUUUCGGAGAAGCUCUGGCAUGGGGUUUCAAUCAUUCGGAAAAGAUUCAUCGACAAGUCGGAGGAGAUCUACAUGCCGAAUUUCAAGACGGUGGUACAGCAUUUCUGUUUACCGACUUCUGGAAGACCAGUAAUAAGGGAGAUAGGUAAAGGGUUGAAGCUUGGAGAUAGAGAAAUGGAAGCAGCUCUGGUGACUUUGCACAGGUUCGGGAAUCAAUCUUCUUCUUCGCUUUGGUAUGAAUUGGCAUACUUGGAAGCCCAAGAAACAGUGAGAACAGGAGAUAAAGUGUGGCAGAUUGGGAUGGGGAGUGGGCCUAAAUGCAAUAGUGUUGUUUGGCAAUGCAUUAGGCCCAUAGUUGGAGAAUACAACAAUGGCCCAUGGGCUGAUUGUAUUCAUCAGUAUCCAAAUGUAGCCAUGGAUCGAGGGAUUUAAGGGGAGGGUGGGAGAUUAGCAUUGUCAUGGAAAAUGAAUCAGAUCAGAAUUCAUAUGUUUUUUUUC